AUGACAUCAAAUCCAGCUAAAUUAAAAGAAGCUCUAGAAGUGAUUGAAAAUCGCAUCGAAGAUCAAAUUGAUCUUUUAAAUAAUUUAAAAUCAGAUGACUUACUUGAACUGCGUAAUCAACGAUUAAAAUUCUUACAAGAAAAAGAAGAAAAUAAGAAAAAUUGGCGUCGAUUAGGACAUGGUUCUGUUUGUGAAUUACAAGAUGAAAAAGAAUUCUUUCAAAUUACUAAGGCAUCGGAAAAAUGUGUGAUACUAAUUUAUUCGGACGAUUUUAAUGGAAUGGAAGGUCAAAUAUUACAACAACAUUUAAAAAAGAUUGCAUCGAAGAUACUAGAACUAAAAAUUGCCAUAAUUAACAGUAAACAUUGUCAAUAUUUAAUAAACAAAUUAAAUAUAUUUUCAACGCCUGCAAUUAUUUUAACCAGAAAUAAUACAAUUCAAGAAAAAAUUUUUUCAUUUGACAAAAAUAUUAUAACUAAUUUGAAUUCACAAUCCACUGAUAUGUUAUUGUAUCGAUUAUCAGCAAAUGGAUUUAUCGAAAAUGAAGAUUUAAUACCAAAUACAGACCCACAGAUGGUACAAAAAUCAAUUGUUAAUCAACGUCGCAAAACUAUUCGAAGGCAUGAAACAGAUUCUGAAGACUCUGAAUUGGAAGUGUAA